UACAAGCCAGUAAAAGGCGAGAUAUUUACCAAAGGUCAGCCAUUACACAGGAACACAGAUGUGGUGGAAGGUUCCUGACACCUCCUGGCUCAGUACACGCUCUGUCUUUGCAGACCUCUAAGGAGGACAUUAUGGAGGUGGUGACCCAUGGGCCCGGCUACACCACCAACCAGGUCAGGGUGCAGGUGAACCAGGCUGAUGACACCAUCCAGUAUCUGUCUGAGUGUGCAGCUGAGUUCACUCUGAGACUACAUGAGGCCCGCAGGAUGUGAGCCCUGCAGAAAGGCACGUUGGAGAAGGUGGCAGGGUCCCUGGUACCAGCUUUCCCGGCUGGAAACAUCCCCCACAUCUGCACCCUGAUGCCCACCCACCCGUCCUUCUCCAGAGCCCAGUGGUUCCUGGACGAGCUGUUAACUAGGUCCUGUCCACCGUCCAUCAGAUCAGAUGCCAUCAAGGUCUUUUCCACGUCUGGAGGGACACCUCCUCAUAAUGACCGGGGCGACACACCGCAGGAGCAAUUAGCAAAGGCCACCGCCUGUGUGAUGGGAACCUGGCCGGACCGGGUACAAUAUUUGGGCCAGCCCCUCCUUUCUCCCUGGUUCAUCCUGAAGCAGGCCUUGGUGCUGCACAGCCGCCCUGCCCCACACCCGGUGGGCCUCGUCAGAAGUCUUUGGGUGGACCUGGCGCAUCUAGAGCCCACUGAGGCACAGUGGGAAGAACCACCUCCAGAGUUCAAGCUCACUCCAGAGCCAGAGGAAGGGCCUGCUCCUGGGCUAGAGCCUGGUCCAGGUGUGGUAGUGCUGGAGCCAUCUGGACCACCAGCUCUGAUCCGAAUCCCAACAACAGAGCCAGCUCCACGCCCAACAACUGACUACCCCAGGGCUGGGACCCCUAAGCACCUUACAAGGGAGGAGAAGCUUACCAUCCUAACCUUCCCUCCAAGGCUGGUGGCCGAGCAACUGACAGCAAUGGAUGUGGAGCUGUUCAAGAAGGUGCUGCCCCACCAGUGCCUGGGCUUCGUCUGA